AUGAAGCGAAUCGGCCUCCAGGCGCAGAGAAGGGCCCAAGGCUCGGUCUGCCAGCUUUGCGCCUUUUCAACGUCCUCGAUCUCACGGAGGUUUACGCCCUUUUCGCCGCGAGCUAUCAACAGGAACAGUCUCUAUACCACCAGCAGAGCUGCUGCUCUACCUUCUCUACGGCGGAAUGAGGUUGCAUAUCGGUAUUCGUCGACCGUGGCUAAGAGCCAGCGCGCGUCUCACAGUGACUACGGCGUUCGAGAGAUAAUCUCCCACAGUGAUUCGAUAAUAUCAGGCACAAGCAUCCCGUCAGAGGAGUCGGUUAUAAACAUUCUCAAGCGGAGCCAGGCCGUUGUCGAUGCUGCUCAAACAGACGCUGCACUGUCAGAAGCCCGGUCUGAUGUCAAACCCAAGAAAAAGGACGCAAUCUCGUCCCUCCUGGAGCUUGACGACGAGGGAGAACGAACUCAGGCACCACAAUCGCAAAAGGAAGACCCAAGCAUAGCUACAUCAGCAUUGUCGGACAUGUUGAACAACUUACUGCAGGAUCCCAAAGUGUUCAUAUCACCCGAGAUACUGAGACUCUAUACUUCGAUCCAAUGCCAGCUCAAGAAGGCAGACCAUAUACCCACAAUCUUCACCCUAUACGCCAAUAAACCCUCCCCGCGAUCCAGCGGCGACACGAUAUCAUACCAUCCUGCGAACCCCAAGAGCCCGAAGAAUGCAAUCCCUUCAACCAUUGCUGACCAGGCUCUAGAGGUGGCGAUGGAGCAGCUUAACCUUCCUCUGGCCCUAGCCAUCAUCGACAGCGCAUACUGCACACCCGCCUUCUACCGUUCUAAAAUACUCCGGAAAGCUUCUCUCCCCGUGGCCGGAAUGCUGGCAACACCGCCUGCAGCCUGGGCGAUAUCAACAUACCUUUCCACGCUUCAGAACACCAUGGACCCUUCCACUGCUAGAGGGAUCUCGUUUGCAGCCAUCCUUGCGUAUGUAACGUUUACUUCAGCCGUGGGAGUAGUGGCGGCUGUCACUGCCAAUGAUCACAUGCGCCGAGUAGUCUGGAUUCCAGGUACGGCGCUACGGCAUCGCUGGUUACGAGAGGAGGAGAGACAGGCGUUGGAUAGGGUUGCGCAAACAUGGGGCUUCAAAGACCCGUUGAUGCGAGGUGAGGAGGUAGGUGAAGAGUGGGAAGCCAUACGUGAAUUCAUCGGCAUGAGAGGUAUGAUCUUGGAUAAGACUGAUCAUAUGGAGGGUAUGGAAUAG